AGUCGGCCACAAUGGUGGUUAAUGCUGGGAUCCAGCAGAUAAAGAAUCAAGGCUUAUAAUAUAAAUAAAGAAUGCAAGGCAUACAUUUUCAAUAUAAUCAGACAUCUUUACUAACAGAAAUCAUAGAUGGCGCUACUGGUAACAGAAGCUGCGAGAUAUUAUUUUAUGCGAAUAUGUUUGAAGUGUUUUCUUACGAAGUCUGGUUCGGCAUUAAUUUAGGCUCGUUUAAAUAAAGAGGCUGGCAUUUGUAUUUAUUAAUUGAAGAUAAUUUGAGUAAAUAAGUCAUAUUUUAUAUUUUGCGUAACAAGCGGAAUAUCAAUUGUACGGAAUGUACGGAGUACCAACUUGAAGAAAUUGCAUCAUGGUGGCCGGAAACAGAACGAUUACGUUUCCGUUAUGGAUGUAUUUAUGAUUUAUUUUACAAUUAGAAUGUAGUUGUAAAUUAUCAGGAAGAAUAUUCAGAGAUAAAAAUAAAUAAAAAAUAUUGGAGCAUUUGUCUGUAUUUAUCAAGUAUGAUAUUCAUUAAUUUAAUUUUAAGAGAAAUACCAUUGUGUAAUAGUGCCUUCGUGUUACCAACAUAACCGCAAGAAUAGGCUACGCAAGGCGUCUAGUAAUGGUGCCAGAUGAGGGCAGGUGUUGCUACACUAAGAAGAUUACCCACAAAAUCGACGGAAAUGUACGGAUUGUCGGGAUUAUCAAGAUAACUAAAGAAGAUGAAGAAAUCGGUUACUAAACGGAUUCGACUUGGAAAAUUUAUGCAAGAACUAAUUUUCCAAUUAGACGGUUAGAUAAUUAAGUUAUAACAAGCUGUGCCUAGAUAUAAGUAGGUAACCUAUUCAAUUUUAUGACAUAUUAAUUGUUUAAUAUAUUGAAAAAUUGGCUGAUUUAUAGGAGUAUAAUAAGAAGACAAAUAAUAGUCGUAAUAACUAAUAAGUAUCUUAUAGGAAAUAUGCGCGUAGUAAAGACGGGUUUGCACUCUAUAUUUUACUUCGUAUGUUUUCUUUUUACUUUAGAAUUAUAAAUUUAGUUUUAAGAAUUCGGGUGUAUGGCUAUUUAUAAGGAAUCAAUAUAAUUAUUAUGAGAAUUACCGAUAAGAGUCCGAAAUUCGUUUCAUAUUUUAUCGAAAUUUUGGGGGGGAAUUAAGUUGACUUUGGCAACAUUGAAGGUUGUACAGUACUCGUCCGUCCAUUUUGAAUCGUUGGCGGAAGGUCGUUGAACAGUCGCGAGUUCCACAGGAAGGUUCCUUAAAUUAUACAGGUAAUCAUUGUAAAUAUUGUAAUAAAAAGUGCACCGACGAAGUGAUGAGCGUGUAAAUAAGUUGGAUCAUCAAAAAUUUGUUCAUUUACGUUCAUAGGUACAGUGAAUUCGCCACCGCCAACCACACCGGACAAGACAAACAACUUUUACAUCGGAAUUGGCCAAACCCCGGAUAAGACUACUUAAUACCCGGACAAGACUACUUCUCGGCUAGACAAGACUACGGUCUAGACAAACAACAGAAUGGACGACAUUCUUUUAGCAAGGCUUAGGCUCAUUAACGACAAACUCACAACGGACUUAGAAGUAAUUCCGGGUACUGUUAAUUUAGAAAAUUUAGUGCAGGCUCAGAUCACAUACAGUAAAUUAGAAGCAACACUGAAAAGACUUAGCGGAGACCUGACGGAGUACUUUAGGCUGGCUUCGACACCCGCAUCUGAUGAAAUCUGCUUGAUAAGUGGACUUCAACUUCAAGCAGAGGAGACUUUAGCUGAACUUAAGGUGAAGAUUGACCAGAUAUCUACAUCAAGCAAACCAUCAGAGAAGCUGACUGAAGCGAACUCCUCGUGCAGACUUCCUAAGCUCCAGCUGCCGGUGUAUAAUGGGGAUGUACUGGCGUGGUAUGAAUUUUGGGAUGCCUUCAGAAGCAACAUCGAUGCAAGGAACCUGCCGGAUGUUGACAAGCUUUCUUAUCUUAAGACUUCAGUCACGGGAGAUGCCAAAAAAGUCAUUGACGGUCUAGCGACUACAAGCACCAACUAUGCUAUUGCCGUUACGAUACUGAAGGAAAGGUUCGGGAAAACUUCACAUCUUAUAGACGCGCACUAUGCAACAUUAUAUAAAAUUAAGAUGGCCAAAGGCAGUGCGGAUGACUAUAGAAGGACUUUCAACGAAAUCGAAAGGAAUCUUAAGAUUUUAGAAUCACUAGGUGAGAACAUUAACCACAACCAUCUGCGCUUCAUGCUACUAGAGAAGUUUCCUUCUGAUCUAGUAUACGAAAUAAAACUUAAAGUUAAGGAUGAUUCCAUUCAAGAACUGAGAAGCCACCUGGAUAAAAUCAUCACUGCCAAAGAGGACGCGGAAAGGAUAUCGGGUAGGAAACGCCCUCAAGAGACAGAAGCUAGUACGGUCGGGACUCUUCAUGUGAAUGCAAAACGUGCGAGAUACGCAAACCAGUCCCAACUACAACACAGUAACCAGAGUAAACAAAACCAUCAGGGACGCUUUGAUAAGAGACCGGUACUAAAGAAGUUUAAGGGUUUCAAGAAAUAUGACAAUAAAGGAAACAGACCAAACCAAACUUCAACUUCAAACAAAGAUCAGGCAGAAACUCAGCGAAGUACUCCAGGGGCUAAGAAGGGAUUGGUGUGUAUAUUUUGCGAAGGGGGCCAUUAUAAUGAUAGUUGCCCUGAAGCAUCUACUUUAGCAGAAAGGAAGAAACGACUUGCAGGACGAUGCUACAUCUGCUUCAGUAAGAAUCACGUAGCAAAUGCUUGCUGGAGAAAGAGAAGGUGUGCCCGUUGUAAAGGAGAAGUACCGCAUAAUAGAGCAUUAUGUCCUUUAAAUUUUCAGAAGGAUACAACGGAGAAGAGUCAGUCCUGACAGUUCUAGAAGAGGGAAUCACAGCACUCCAAACGGCAACAGUUUAUGCAAGCCCCAUAGAUGAUAAGAAUAAACAAUUUAAAUAUAGGCUUCUUUUAGAUCCAGGUUCCCAACGCUCUUAUGUAACAUUCCGGACUGCAAAGGAAUUAAAACUUCCCGUCGAAGAAGAGAGUCAUCUAGUAGUAUUCACCUUCGGCGACGAUCCUCCCAGAGAGAUACAUAGCCCAAUAGUCACCCUUCAUCUACUAUCUAGAACAAACAAGAACAUAGUAAUACAGGCUAACUGCGUAGAGCAUAUCUCCAGAGGUUAUAUACCUAAUGUCAAGAUGAAGAACUUACCGGAGUCAUAUACACUAGCGGACGACGGGUCGCUAAGCGGACCUGUACAGAUCUUGGUUGGAAACGAAUAUUACUGCAACAUAACUUACGAGAAAAAGGUACAACUGGAUAGCAAUUUGUUUCUAAUCGACUCUGCACUUGGUUGGAUAAUUAGUGGUAGAGCAGAACCACAGCUUAGAGACGAGUCGUACGUAGUGACUUACACUCAGACUUGCAUUGAAACGAAGCUUCAUCAGCCAGAUCCACCUCUUUGUAAUGGAGACAUAAAGAGCCUUUGGGAACUAGAAUGUAUAGGUAUUAGUGAUUCCCCAAGAGCAACUAGAGAAGAAGAAGCCAUCAAAUAUUUUAAUGAUACAACUUUAAAAUUAAAUAAUCGUUACACGGUAAGCUGGCCUUGGAUAACUUAUCCACCGGAUUUACCUAAUAAUUUUGGAAUGGCUUUUGGUCGUUUAUCAAGCUUAUUGAAGCGUAUGGAUCAAGAUACGUUAUUAGCAUACAGCGAUACGUUUAAAGAACAAUUAGAUAAAGGUAUAAUAGAAGUUGUACCUACUUCAAGAACGUCAACGGGUAACGUCGUUCACUACUUACCUUUCCAUGGAGUACGUCACCGAGGAAAACCUAUGAGAAUAGUUUAUGAUGCUAGCUCUAAGAGUAGCAAAGACACCAAGAGUCUGAACGAAUGUUUGUACAGAGGACCACUCAUGUUAGAAGACCUCACUGGCUUACUUAUAAAAUUUAGAACUCAUCGGAUAGGUUUAACCUCAGAUAUUGAAAAGGCGUUUUUACAGAUGGCGUUACACGAGAAGGAUCGUGAUGUAACCAGAUUCUUGUGGCUCAAAGAUACCUCUAAACCGGUAUCUCAAGACAACCUACUAUACCUUAGGUUUUGUAGAGUUCCAUUUGGCGUCAUUUCAUCACCGUUUUUGCUUAAUGCGACUAUUAAGCACCACCUGUCCAACGCAGAAGAUCAGCAAGUCAGACAGAAAGCAAAUGACAUAUAUGUGGAUAACUUUGUUUCGGGUACCGACACUACGGAUGAGGCGAUGAAACUCUACAAAAAUCUAAAAGGAUCUUUUCAAGACAUUUCAAUGUCACUCAGGGAUUGGAGUUCGAAUUCUAGGGAAUUUAUGAAGAAAGUCUCUGAUACAUGUAAAGAAGAUAAAGUAAAGGUACUUGGUUUGGAAUGGGACAUCAAAAAGGAUACUCUCCAGUUGAAACCUAACUUACAAGAAGAAGCUGUCACGAAAAGAGGAAUACUGAAAACUAUUGCAUCAAUCUACGAUCCAUGUGGUUAUGCAGUACCUUAUACCCUAUCAUGUAAACUCUUUUUACAAGAGCUUUGGAAAGCUGGAGUGUCAUGGGACUCACCAUUAUCAAGCGAACUAACGGAAGAAUGGAACAAGAUCCGACAGAACUUAGAAGCCAUUAGGAAGGUGUCGGUGGACAGAUGCUACAUGAAGACACCAGUGGGAAAAGGCUACCAACUACACUGUUUCACCGAUGCCUCUCUACAGGCUUAUGCAGCAUCAGUCUUUUUAGUUUGCGGCUCGGAGAAAAGCUUCAUUAUUGGUAAAUCCCGUCUGAUACCAAUAAAGGAUCAGGAGAGUCUCAAGAUACCCCGUCUUGAACUUUUAGGAGUACUGAUUGGCAGUAGACUGAUAAAGUUUGUUCUUAAGUUUCUCCAGCAGAAGAUAGUAAGGCAAGUCUUAUGGACCGACAGCCAGAUCGUCAUAGAAUGGUGCAAAUCUGACAAGCUAUUGCCACCCUUCGUUGCCAGGCGGAUAGAAGAGAUCAAAACAAAUAAAGAUCUGGAGAUCAGAUACCUUCCAUCAGACCUAAAUCCAGCUGACGUCGGCACCAGACCCACCUGUUCAAGAGAGGACAGGGAGAAAUGGCUGAGUGGUCCACAAUUUAUAGUUCAAGAUCCGAAGACGUGGCCAACAACUUCUGGCGGUGGACCAACCAGUUCUCUCUUGAUUGGGGAGGGUCUUGGGAUCCAAGAAGACGAAGAACUGAUGGAAAUAGUUGAUCCAGACAUACACAAUGUUAGUCCGAUGGAAACGGAGGAGAGUACAACUACAAAGGAAGUAGCGAGUCAAGACAAUGAUCAGAUGCCGGAUCAGUUACUAAAUUUGAAAGAAAUUCAAGCUGAAUACUUUCCUCUAGAGGUAGAAGGAAAGGUAACUAGUCUAAGUUUGAAUUUAGGCGUAUUUAAAGACAUAGAUGAGUUACUGAGGUGUAAAGGUCGUAUGAAACACGCAGACUGGUCAUUUGAUAAACGCUACCCUAUACUUAUACCGAAAGAUUCAGAUUUCACCAACGAAAUUAUAAUGAAGACUCAUCAAGAAAAUAAGCAUGUUGGAGUAAGUCACACGCUAGACAAGAUAAGGGAAACUUACUGGAUACCACAAGGAAGAAGCCAAGUUCAGAAGAUUUUGAGGAAGUGCUCCGAAUGUAUGAAGCAUGACGGAGGGCCAUAUAAACUACCGGAAACUCCUGCGUUACCAAAAGAGAGGGUCAAUUAUAGCUCUCCAUUCACAUACGUUGGUACCGACUAUCUGGGACCACUUCUAGUUAACAAUGGGAAUGGCAAUUGUAAAAGGUGGAUUAGCCUCUACACAUGCUUAGCCGUAAGAGCCAUUCACUUAGAAGUUGUAAAGGACUUAACUGCGGAAGAAGGUUUAAUGGCCUUACGUAGAAUGAUUUCAGCAAGAGGUGUACCUACCUUAAUAACGUCUGAUAAUGCGGCUCACUACAAGUUACUCUCAGAGAUUCUUCAGAACCCAUACUGCGUAGAGAAAGAGAUAAAAUGGAAAUUUAUACCACAAUUAGCACCAUGGCAUGGAGGAUUCUAUGAGAGAUUAGUUGGUUUAGUUAAAAACUGUAUGAAGAAAACAUUACAGAAACAUUUGUUGAAUGACACCCAGCUAGUAACAGCGGUGAAAGAAAUAGAAGCAGUUCUUAACACAAGACCCUUAACUUACGUAGAUUCAGAGCCGGAUCAUGUACUAAAACCUUCAGACUUUCUUACCAUGGGAAAGUGUAUCAUUAUGGAAACUUCAGAUAAGGAUCCUACAACGUCGCAAGGGACGGUGACUAAGGACCACUUAAUUAAAGGUUGGAAGAAAGCACGGAUAAUUCUACGAGAAUUUAAAGAGAUGUUUGAGAACCGGUAUCUCCUAAAUUUGAGAGAAAGAUAUUCCCACCAUCCUAAAGAACCUAGAGUAACAUCAAAGUUAGCACCUAAGAUAGGUCAAAUCGUGCAGAUUAAAGGUGACACGAAGAACAGGAUAAAUUGGAAAGUUGGGAAAAUAGUAUCUUUAAAGGAAGGCGCCGACGGUUUAUGUAGGGUCGCCAAGGUACGAGUAGGAGAUACAGAGUAUACAAGAUCUAUCGCGCAUCUCUACCCGCUAGAGAUCGAAGAUGGAGAAGAGCAGUGCAAACAAACAUCAUCUUAUGACGAAAGUGUUGAAGAACCGGUGCAGCUUCCUGAUCUUCCACGUCCAUCAGGCAAGGAUGACCAGACAGUGGAAUCCCUCAACGACGUUGCUGAGCCUUCAUCUGAGCAGAGAUUCACUCAUGAAGUUAGAGAUCAGCAAGAAGAAGUACAGCCUCAUGCCUCGCCAGUAGAGAGAAAGUGUUCCUCUAAACAAGCGGUUGAGUUUAUGUCUAGUGAGUUAAACGAGCCUAAGCCUAAGUCUAUGUCCGAACCAGAGCCACUCGCGGUCGUCGACCUCGAGUUUUACGACCAGAAUGAUCCCGAGUCACACCACCUAGAGGAAGUUACGCCAGAAGGACAACACGAAGAAUCAAGACCUAAGAGAGCGGCAGCUCUCCGAGCCCUUGAGAAGAUCAAGGAAUGGACCAGCAAUUUAGUCGCCGUGCUGCUGCCUGAGGCGGGGUGUGUCGCGACAGGCGCGAAUAUCUAAUGCCACAAUACGAAUUUCCUAGCGGCAACACUGAACAGCGCCCUCGUGGGUGGAACUGUGGUAAGUUAUUCCAACGUGGCAAGUAGUAAGGUUAAACCCGGUAUGGCGCGAAGCGUGCGAGUGCAUGAAAGUGUAAGAUACAGUGAGGAAGCCCACAGCUGUCCUGAGUCGUCUAAAGCUAAGUAUUUUAUGUUACUUGGUGCUCGCAGUGGUGGUAUGGUUUCUCUAUGCAAUGAUCUCCUUAAUAGAAGAACAGUAAGUUCGUAUGAGUUUAGCUUGCCACGGAACCUGCCGUGGAAGCUAUUCCUGAGACCAUCUUAGGUAAGGCAGACUAGGUUUCUCUGUCUGGGUAAGACUUGACGUGCCCCAGCUCUCAACUCUGUCUGGGUAAGACUUGACGUGCCCCAGCUCUCAACUCUGUCUGGGUAAGACUUGACGUGCCCCAGCUCUCAACUCUGUCUGGGUAAGACUUGACGUGCCCCAGCUUUCAACUCCACCUGGGUAGACUUGACGUGCCCCAGCGUGCGAGAGCCGUGGCGGCUUCGGCAGCCCGGCUAGAGGUGUGUCGAUGUGCGGCAGUAUACCUCGGCUCGGAUGUUAGGCGUCCGAGUUAUCCGACCUUUGAUGUGUC